AUGCCGGUCGACAGCUUUGACACCACCGAGCUCGCGAAGCGUGCAGCGCCCGCUGCUCCACACUGGGUUAUAUACUCUGACAAGUGGGUAUCCGGCGAGAACGGGCCCCCGGCCGUCGCCGACGUCAAGGGCUACAACACCUUCGCGCUCUCCUUCUGGCUCACCUCGGGCGCCGCAGACCAGGCGACAGAGUGGGCGUCGCUCGACGCCGCGACGCGCAGCUCGAUCAAGGCCAAGUACCACGCGGCGGGCAUCAAGCUCGUCGUGUCCGCCUUCGGAUCGACGGACACGCCGACGAGCGCGGGCGCGGACGCGACCGCGACCGCGAACAAGCUUGCGGCGUGGGUGAAGCAGUACGGGCUCGACGGCGUCGACGUCGACUACGAGGACUUUGCGGCGAUCAAUAAGCAGGACGGGAAGGCGGAGCAGUGGCUGUCGACGUUCACGAGUGCGCUGCGCGCGCAGCUGCCGCAGGGGGAUUAUAUUCUGACGCAUGCGCCGGUGGCGCCGUGGUUCUCGAGCAAGUACACGAGCGGCGCGUAUCGCAAGGUGCAUGAGAAUGUGGGGAGCAAGAUUGACUGGUACAAUGUCCAGUUCUACAACCAGGGCACCUCAGAAUACACCACCUGCGACGGCCUGCUCGAGACCUCCUCGAGCACAUUCCCCAACUCCGCCCUUUUCCAGAUCAACAAGGCCGGCGUCCCGCUCGACAAGAUCGUGAUCGGCAAGCCCGCUACGGCCGGCGACGCGAGCACCGGCUACAUGCCCGCCGCGACGCUCGCGACGUGCCUCCAGCAGGCCAAGGCCAAGAGCUGGAACGGCGGCGUGAUGGUGUGGGAGUACCCCGAUGCCGCGGCUGCCUGGAUCAAGACGGUGCGCGCGAAGGCGUUCCCUGAGUAG